AUGCAACUCCGUGCCGGAUCCGAAACGAAGGCCGUCGUGGAUCACGUGGCAUGUUUCCUGGGGGCGACUGCGUCUCGUCAGCCUGCCCGUUGGCGUGAUGGACAUAGGGUGAUGAACAUAGGGGGUCUCCACGCCCAGAUCCUUGGUUCGGCGGGGUGGACGAAGAAGGCCGAUCUCGACCUCAACCGCCCGAUUGGGUGGAGCCGCGUGUUUUACGACCAAGGUUUUACGGCCAAGCUCAAGCUUGUUUGGUGGCUGACAGUCAGCGGUCUUGACCGGCGGGGACGCAGUGCCAAAGGGCUCCCGUGGUGA